GUAUCCUUCAGAAGGACAAAAGUAUAACAUCACUGUUAUAUUUAUUUUAAACAAGCAUUUUUGCUUCUUUUGCGAGAAAUGUUUAACGUUCGUUUGGGCCCUCAAAUACUUUUGAAUCAGGGUUAACUAAGGCACGAUACGCCUUUCUUAGGUCUAUCUUAGGUAACAGUAGUCGUUUACUUCAAGUGAAUACAUAUAAAAAUGUAUAUAAAUUACUCUAAUUAUUACAGCGUCCUGUAGUCCUAGUGAAACAGAUAUUUCGAAACGGUGAAGUGAUACUUGGAGAGCUGAAACAUCAUGUAUUUGUUUUCAAAUUACUUACGAGUAAAAAGGGAAACAACGUCUACCGAGCGUUUUGCGCCGGGAGCAUCAUAACGCAGGAGAGGGUACUUACUUCGACACACUGUUACCUUACUAACAGAAAAAGGCGACGCCACAACUUUGACAACCUUAGGGUAGUGGCGGGCAUUUUGCACGUCCACACUGUACAGCCGAUGUUGACAAUGCCUCUGCUAGAUGACAUCGAACAGUGGCGCCUGAUUGCCCAUCUCUACUCGCAACGACUGUUUCGGUUUCCUGCUUAUGAUUUGGGAAUAAUAAAAGUAAACAGGCCAUGGGUUUUCAACAACUUUGUCAACAAAAUACCAUACGCUACAUUGGAUCAAGAUUUUGAUGGAGUAUGUGUUGGUACUGCAGUUAAAACCACAAAGAGUUGGUCGCGAGACAGAUAUCUGUACGCAGCCAAUUUCCAACUGACCAGCAGACUCGACUGUGAGCACCAGUUGUUGAGGAGUUGUACCAAUUACUAUUGCACGGACUAUGACGUGUCGAUGUCUUCGUCUAGAGAGAUAGAAGGUGGAGGCCUGAUCUGUCACGACACCGGUGAUCCUGCAGAAGACAAAGAGCUAGGAAUACUAGUCGGAGUGUCAUCGCUCAUAAACAUCAACCUUCCUUCUUUGCACAACCGCGUCGGUCCGUUCCAUGAUUGGAUAACAGGUGAUUGCUACGAAGCAAAACUUAAUCUUCACUUGCUGAUGAUUUGUGCAGCUGGUCUUAUACUAUAUCUUUAA